AAUUUGAUGGUCUUCACUAUCAUGGAGAAAAUUGCAGUUGUCCAGUAGAGAGUUACUGACACCCUCCACAUGGAGGACAAGCAACAAAAAGCAUCGAUGACGGAGCUGGGCAAUCACAAAAUGACUGUAUUAAAAAAAAGUCUAGUGGAAAGAAAGUGUAGCAGAGAAAAAACACAAGAAACAGGGGUGACAAUAGCUUUGUGAAGACUGUCAAACAAGGCUCAUUCCAGCUGGACUCAGUCAUUUAGGAGCCACACAUCUUGCCAUGUGCUACAGACGUUGCAUUCCUCGACUGAAGCCAGGCCUAAAUCAGAGACAAUGUCAGAAGCAUCUCACCUGGGAUAAGGAGAUAAAGAACUGGACUGCUCUUAGUGGUCCAAAGUCCAAAGGUAAUGUUUGCAGCUCUUAUGUAAUUUUCUACUUGUCUGAGAAACUGAAUUUUAGGUUUUUCUUCCACUCAACUUUCUAUCGUUAUGCUCUAUGAGCAGACGGCAUCAUUAGCAGUGACUGCGUGUGGUUUAACAUGUUUGUGCAUGGUGUCACUGACACCUCUCAACAAGUGUUCAUUAGCUGUAAUUAGGAAAACUGACAGAAAUAAACAUUUAAUAUAUGGAACUCUGUGCGUGUGCAAUUAAUGUAUAUUAUAUAUUGAUUCUUUUUCAUUUUUAACGGAACACAUUUUCCAUUCCAUUGGGAUGCUUUUGUAUUUUGUACGAUCACAUAACAAAAAUCCUGCUAAAUCGGAGGCUUAUGUGCAACUUUUAGGACUUGGCCCGGGAUCAGUUCAUCUUCCAGGAAAUCUUCCUAAACCAUGGGUUUGUUAGCGCUGUCUCAUUCGUCCCGCUGCUCUCCAUCCCGGCGCUCCGACUUCUCCGCCUCUUCAGUUUCUCCCCACACAGCAGGUCACCUCAGAGAGACCAGCUUCUCCCACCAGGCUUCAGACAUAUCUUUCGGCUUUCUGAACCUCUCUUUGGAGUUGUUUUUUUUGUUGUUGUUGUUGUUGAUUUUGUUUCUCAGAUGCAGUUUCUGGUCAUCACUCUGAUGUGUCUGACUCCUGCGCGCUCCACCCCGCCUGCCGGAGCGGAGGAGCGCUGGACCGGAGGGGCGCACCAGGAGGAGAGCUGAUGUGGCGCGGCAACAUAGAAACAGCUAAGAGUAACUCAAUUACAGCAGAUUUUAUUCACGGAAAUGACCGUAGACGACGUGGAGCAAGUGCACCGCUGUCACUCUCGCUUGUUGUGUUGAACAAAAGCUGCAAGCGUUGCUUGACUCGACUGUUUGCGCGCUGCUUUCAAAGUGAUGCCAGGUCGUUUUGCAGUGUUACUGGAGUGAAUGCAUGUGUGAUUACCUCUCCGCACCCCGCUGAUCAACCUCUUACACCUGACUCUUGAGCAAUGGUCACUGAGGGUCACGUUUCAGCGCGACGCACUUAUCAAACUAUUGCGCUUUCUGGCUUUUACGACCGUGUCUUGAUUUACAGAUAACUUUUGAAGCUUGGCCAAGCUACCGAGACCGUAAAAAACGAACCCGAAGGCAUGGUUUCAUCCUGCACGGCGAGGCUUGCGGGACUUUACAAGUUGUAGUCCACUUUGAGGCAGAGAUCCAGAGCAUGAUCCAGUGAGAGGUGGCAGGAGAAACAGUCGUGACGGGGGGGGGGAAAAUGCUCGGAAGUCCAUCCAACAACGGCGGCCUCAGAAUGCUCGCUCCCCCGGCCCCGAACGACGACAGGCGGGUAGAGUUCGUGGCGCUCACCGCCGUCCAGACCGAGCGGAGCGAGCCGUCCACCCCGGAGCGCGGACACCCGUCUCACCGCACGGGGCUCCUGGGCACCCCGCUGCCCGGACCGCCCGGACCCCGAGCCAACGCAUCCGCUUCAAGUAAGCGCUUCAGAAAGUUGCAAAACUGCCUUUACAACGUUCUGGAGAGACCGAGAGGUUGGGCGUUCAUCUAUCAUGCAUUCAUUUUCCUGCUGGUGUUCAGCUGCUUGGUGUUGUCUGUGUUUUCGACCAUUCCUGAAUACCAAAAGAUGGCCAAUCAAGGCCUCUUCAUCCUGGAGUUUGUAAUGAUCGUGGUGUUCGGCUUGGAGUACUUCAUCAGGAUCUGGGCAGCUGGAUGUUGUUGCAGAUACCGGGGAUGGCAGGGACGCCUGAGGUUUGCCAGGAAGCCCUUCUGUGUCAUAGAUUUCAUCGUGUUUAUCGCAUCGCUAGCGGUGAUCGCCGCAGGGACGCAGGGCAACAUCUUCGCCACGUCAGCCCUGCGCAGCAUGCGUUUCCUGCAGAUCCUGCGCAUGGUUCGCAUGGACCGACGCGGAGGCACCUGGAAACUACUUGGCUCCGUGGUUUAUGCUCACAGCAAGGAGCUGAUUACAGCCUGGUACAUCGGUUUCCUGGUGCUCAUCUUUGCCUCCUUCCUGGUCUACCUGGCUGAGAAAGACAUCAACUCAGAUUUUGGCACCUAUGCAGACUCCCUCUGGUGGGGGACUAUAACUUUGACCACCAUUGGGUAUGGGGACAAGACGCCUCGUACGUGGCAGGGACGACUUCUGGCGGCUGGCUUUGCCCUCCUGGGUGUCUCUUUUUUCGCCCUGCCUGCUGGAAUCUUGGGUUCAGGCUUUGCCUUGAAGGUUCAGGAGCAGCACCGGCAGAAGCACUUUGAGAAGAGGAGGAUGCCUGCUGCAAAUCUCAUACAGGCUGCAUGGCGUCUCUAUUCUACAGAUGCCAAACACUCGUAUCUAACAGCAACAUGGUAUUUCUACGACAGCAUGUUGCCUUCGUUCAGAGAACUGACGCUACUGUUCAGUCACCUCCAGCGACAACGUAACACCAAGAAGGUUCUGCAGAACUCCUACAACACGCUGCUGUCUGGGCUCCGGCCCUACAGCUCCCCCUAUCUGUCGAGGGACAGGAAGGCAGAAGCUCCAUGCAGUCAGCUCCUUUCUAAAAAGCGAGGUCUCUUCCGGAUUCAUGCUGGGCGCAAGCAGAGCAGUAAAAUGGGCUUCCGGGAUCGGAUCCGGAUGAACAACUCCCGUUCAUCCCAAACCAUCCGGAACAAGGCUUCACCGCUGCCGCCCGGCUCCGGCGUCCGGCGCUCCCCGAGCCAGGAGAACGUCCCUGAAGCCACCAGCCCUGGAAAGGUCCAAAAGAGCUGGAGCUUUAACGACCGCACGCGCUUCCGUACCUCCCUUCGCCUCAAGCCACGCCCACCUGUUGAUGUGGAGGGGGUUGGAGAGGAAAGCAUGGAAGACAAGUCAUAUUGCGAUGUGGCCAUGGAGGAGGUGAUUCCAGCUGUGAAGACGCUUAUACGAGCUGUAAGGAUUCUGAAGUUUCUAGUGGCGAAGAGGAAGUUUAAGGAGAUGCUGCGUCCAUAUGACGUGAAAGACGUCAUAGAGCAGUACUCUGCAGGACACCUGGACAUGCUGGGCCGCAUCAAGAGCUUGCAGAUGAGGGUGGAUCAGAUAAUUGGGCGAGGAGGUGUUCAGCCUGAUAAAAAACUGCGACCCGAAAAAGGAGAGAAGACGCCUCCAGAACUGGACUCUCUGGACGAGCUCAGCAUGAUGGGCCGUGUGGUCAAAGUGGAGAAACAGGUACAGUCUAUAGAAAACAAGUUGGACCUCAUGCUCAACUUCUACUCGCAGUGCUUGAAGAAAGGCUCCUCCCACGUCACGCUGUCCUCCCUCCUGGACCCCGACUUGACGUCUGACUACCACAGCCCCACGGACCAAAGAGACCUCUUCCCGUCCGCUAACACACUGAACAUCUCCCAGUCUGACAGCGGGAACUUGGAAUGACAAUGGGACACAGACACUAACCCUUUACAAUAUGUCCUCCUUACACUGAGUCCUUUCUCUGAGCAGCCCAGCAUACCAAACUUCCCCUUUAAUUCAGAUCUGGUAUGAUUGCCCCUCCCAUCUCAAGUCUCCAUCCUCAGCCCUUUAUCCUGGAGUGAAUGUUUCUGGAGCUGGUCAGACAUUGGCCAGUAGGUGGCUCCAGCUGACGAGGAGCCUCAGCCAAAGCUGCUUACCGCACACGCCUGUCAACUCACUGGAUGAGGAAAGUACUUGACUACUGAAGCAGUCUCACCCACUCACAUCGUGCUGUAUAUCUAAACCUACUUUAAAACUUUAAUUGUAGACAGACUGUGGAAGGACGUUUUGCAGAUAUCCGGAGGAAUUGUCUCUUUCCUCUUUAUUGUCUGGUUUUAUUUUUCCUUGGGCACUUCAAUUAACUGAAAGUCGUUUAAGAGCGUUCCCAUUCAGACAUUAGGGUGACAAGACAGUUUUUCAUGCUGUGAUGAAUGUAGCUGUUCCUUUGUUCAAAAGCAACUGCAAUCCAAGAACAAGAGCGACUGACACCUGAAGGAAAAACACAGUUGGACCUGGAUCAGCUGCACCGGCACAAGGUCCCACCCAGCAAGGGAAAUUCUGUUUUCCAGAUCAGACGUUAAUCACCCAAACGUUUCGCAUGAGAACAGAGUGGAAAUAAUGUGCUGGAUUGACUGUGGAUUUGGACUGUACCUUAGUGUAAAUUGUUGUUUGUUUUCACUUGCAUAUCCUCUUUAGGAAGUCUGGUCUCUGACAAGCCCAACAGCAAAAAAAAAAA